AUGGCCGCGCCACCGGGGCCGGACGAUGCCGUGGGAAUUCCUGGCCCAGGUGAUGCCCGUCCUGCCCGGGGUGACCCCCCAGCCCGGCCCCGCAGUGCCCCCGUUCCCGAGUGGGCACCGGGAGGCGAAUCCCGCCCGGGCUCGCGGCAGAUCCAGCUGUGGCACUUCAUCCUGGAGCUGCUGGAGAGGGAGGAAUUCCGCCACGUCAUCGCCUGGCAGCGCGGGGGGGACGGCGAGUUCGUCAUCAAGGACCCCGAGGAGGUGGCCCGGCUGUGGGGGAGGAGGAAACGCAAACCCCAAAUGAACUACGACAAGCUCAGCAGGGCCCUCAGGUAUUACUACCCCAAGCACAUCCUGCACAAGUCCAAGGGCAAACGCUUCACCUACAAGUUCAACUUCCCCAAACUCCUGUUCCUGGCGCGCCCACCCCGUGGGACCCCGCUGCCCACCCCGUGGGACCCCCGCUGCCCACCCCGUGGGAUCCCCGCUGCCCACCCCGUGGGAUCCCCCGCCAGCCCCGGCACCCCCGGCCGUGCCCGCACAGGGCUGACCUGCUGGGGCCACCCCAUCCUGUCUGCCCGGUUGAGCAGCCUGUCCUCGCUGGGGGAUUCCUCGUCGGAGCGAAGGCCCCCCGGGCACCACCGGCGGCCCUCUGACUCCUCCGAGUCCACAGGCCUGGUGCAGCGCUGUGUCAUCAUCCAGAAGGACCAGCAUGGCUUCGGCUUCACCGUCAGCGGCGACCGCGUGGUGCUGGUGCAGUCGGUGCGGCCAGGUGGGGCUGCCAUGAGAGCCGGGGUGCAGGAGGGCGACCGCAUCGUCAAGGUGAAUGGAACCAUGGUGACCAACAGCUCCCACCUGGAAGUGGUGAAGUUGAUCAAGUCCGGUGCCUACGUCGCUCUGACCCUGCUGGGAUCCCCCCCUGCCUCGGUGGGGGUUCCCAGCUCCCAGCAGGAUGUGGGAACAGCGGGAUCCCCCCACGGCCCCCCCGCCUGUCCCCCCCCGGCGCCGCCGCUGCCGCAGCGAAUCACCGAGCCCAGACCCCUGCAGGACCCCGAGGUGCAGAAACACGCCACGCAGAUCCUGCGGAAGAUGCUGCGGCAGGAGGAGGCCGAGCUGCAGCGCUUCCAGGAGCUGUACAGCCGGAACCCCGGCGCGGCUGUGGAGGAGCAGAUGGAGGGGGCUCGCCGCAGGGUCAGCCAGCUCCAGCUCAAAAUCCUGCAGGAGACCGGCAAUUCCCUGGAUUCCAGGCUGAGCAGCGACUCCAGCCUGGCGGGGCUCAGGUCGCUGGAAGGACGCCUCUCCCUGGACUCCCAGGAUGGGGACAGCGGGCUGGAAUCCGGGACUGAGCGAUUCCCCUCUGUGAGUGAGGUCUCCCUGAACCGGAAUUCCACCCUCUCCGACCACGGCCUGGAAAGCCCCCGGACCUCCCCCAUCAUCUCCUCGCGGCUUUUCCAGCACCAUCGGCGCCAGGGCUCCGACAGCCCCUUCCCAGCCUCGGCAGAGCAGGAGCGGCCGGGAAGGCCCCUGAUCAUCGGCCCGGAGGAGGAUUGUGAUCCAGGGUAUUUCAACAACGAGUGCGACUCCCUCUUCCAGGACUUGGGAAAGCUGAAAUCCCGGCCGGCACAUCUGGGGGUCUUCCUGCGCUACAUCUUCUCCCAGGCUGAUCCCAGCCCCCUGCUCUUCUACCUGUGCACGGAGGUUUUCCAGCAGAGCACAGCCAAGGAUUCCCGGGCUUUGGGGAAGGAGAUCUGGAAUAUCUUCCUGGACAGGAGCGCACCUCUGCGGGUGAAGGUGUCGGAGCAGCUCCUGGCGGAGAUCGAGAGCCGCCUGCGGAACGGGGACGACGCCCGGGCCGCCCUGUUCGAGGCCCAGGAGAUGGUGAUGCCCGAGAUCCAGGAGCAGAUCCAGGAUUACAGGACGAAGCGGACGAUGGGCCUGGGGAGCCUGUACGGGGAGAACGACCUCCUGGAGCUGGAUGGGGACCCCCAGAAGGAGCGGCAGGUGGCCGAGAAGCAGCUGGCCCAGCUCGGGGACAUCCUGUCGAAGUAUGAAGAGGACAGGAGCUCCCCCAUGGCCUUUGCCCUCAGCACCUACAUGAACCACACCGGGAUCCGCGUGCGGGACCCUCGUCCCGCCGGCACCUCCGAGAAGGCCCCGGCGCUCCCCGACAGGGACAAGUGGCUGCCCUUCUUCCCCAAGGCCAAGAAGAGCAGCAGCUCCAAGAAGGACAAGGAUGCCCUGGAGGACAAGAAGCGCAACCCCAUCCUCAAGUACAUCGGGAAGCCCAAGAUCUCCUCCCAGAGCACAUUUCAUGUCCCUUUGUCCCCUGUCGAAGCAGUCAGACCCGGGAAUGUGAGGAAUAUCAUCCAGCACUUUGAGAACAACCAGCAUUACGAGAGCCAGGAGCCCGGCUCCCAGCGCCUCUCCACGGGGAGCUUCCCAGAGGAUCUGCUGGAAUCAGACAGCUCCCGUGCCGAGGUCAGGCUGGGCCGCUCCGAGAGCCUGAAGGGCCGGGAAGAGAUGAAGAGAUCCCGGAAAGCCGAGAACGUUCCCAGAUCCCGCAGCGACGUGGACAUGGACGCGGCGGCCGAGGCCACCCGGCUGCACCAGUCGGCCUCCUCCUCUGCAUCCAGCCUGUCCACCAGGUCUCUGGAAAAUCCCACCCCCCCCUUCACUCCAAAGAUGGGCCGUAGGAGCAUCGAGUCUCCCAGCCUGGGCUUUGGGGUGGAUUCCUUCCUGCCCCACCUGCUGGAGGACGAGCAGGGCCAGCUCUGGGACCUGGAGCCAGAGCUGGACCCCCAGAACUGGCAGCACACGGUGAGCCGGGAGCUGGUGGCCAACCUGCCCCCCCGGGAGGUGGAGAGACAGGAGGUGAUCAACGAGCUCUUUGCCACCGAGGGGUCCCACCUGCGCAUCCUGAGGGUCCUGGACCUGCUGUUCUACCAGAGGAUGAGGAAGGAGAACCUGCUGUCCAGGGAGGAGCUGGGGCUGCUCUUCCCCAACCUGCCCGACCUCAUCGACAUCCACAAUUCCCUGCUGGAAUCCAUGAAGAAGCUCCGGGAAGAAGGACCCAUCAUCAAGGAAAUCGGGGAUCUCAUGCUGUCCCGGUUUGACGGCCCUGCCAAGGAGGAGAUCCAGCAGGUCGCCGCCACCUUCUGCUCCUACCAAUCCAUCGCCCUGGAGCUCAUCAAGACCAAGCAGCGCAAGGAGAGCCGGUUCCAGGCCUUCAUGCAGGAGGCCGAGAGCAACCCGCAGUGCCGGCGGCUGCAGCUCAAGGACCUGAUCAUCUCGGAGAUGCAGCGGCUCACCAAGUACCCCCUGCUGCUGGAGAACAUCAUCAAGUUCACCGAGGGCUCCCCGGAGCUGGAGAAGCUGUGCCGGGCUCGGGAUCAGUGCCGGGACAUCCUGAGGAACGUGAACGAGGCGGUGAAGCGGGCGGAGAACCGGCACCGCCUCGAGGGCUACCAGAAACGCCUGGACACCACCCCCCUGGAGAGGACCAGCAACCCCCUGGCUGCCCAGUUCAAGAACCUGGAUCUCACCUCCCGCCGCAUGAUCCACGAGGGGCCCCUCACCUGGCGCGUGGGCAAGGACAAGACUGUGGACCUGCACGUGCUGCUCCUGGAGGACCUCCUGGUGCUGCUGCAGAAGCAGGAUGAGAAGCUGGUGCUCAAGUGCCACAGCAAGACAGCAUUGGGCUCCUCGGACAACAAACAGACCUUCAGCCCCGUCCUCAAGCUCAACUCGGUGCUCAUCCGCUCCGUGGCCACGGAUAAAAGAGCCCUUUUCAUCAUCUGCACCUCGGAGCUGGGACCCCAAAUCUACGAGCUGGUGGCUCUGACGUCCUCGGAGAAAAACACGUGGAUGGAGCUGCUGGAGGAGGCGGUGCAGAGCUCCACCAGGAACGCCACCUUCCCCCCGAAGCGCCGGACGGCGGAGACCCCCGGCACGGCACCGGCCGGGCUGGUGCUGCAGGACCCCGACGUGUCCCCGGAGCUGUCCCGGGGCUCUGGAGCGGAGCUGGAGCCUGAGGAUUGUUCCUCGGCCGACAGCGAUCCCGCCGCUCUCCUGGGCGCCCAGAAACCCCUGGAGGAGUUUUUGGAGGAGGAACCAGCGGGCAGCGAGGGGGAGGAGGAGGAGGAGGGCGAGGAAGGCCCGGCCUCUUCAUCCCUCCUUCCCGGCAGGGCCAUCCCCGACCUUCCCACCCCCGUCCCGGACAUCCCCACGCACCUCCCGCUGCCCAAAUCCCGCGGCGGCUCCCACGGCGUGGCCGAGGCUGCGCUGGAGGACGUGGAGAAGCUGCGGGUGCUGAUCCUGCGGCGGCUGCGGCCGUGCCGGGAGGUGGAUCCCGAGGACGAUGUGACCCCCACGCCGUCGGUCACCUGGGAUUCGGUGCUUUCCUCCCACGAGGGGCUUCCCGAGCCCCCCGAGGGGCCGGAGGAGCCGCAGCCCGGCGGGUACAAAGUGGUCCGGAAAGCCCAGGCGGAGGGGGCUCGGGAGGCCACGCCCUCACCAGGCAGCAGCCAAUCAGAGCCCGAGCUGCGGGAAGGAGGCGGAGCUUGCGUGGAUGGCAAUUAUUUCUACGUGAGCCUCCCCACGGGCCCCUCCCAAACCCCCCUGCCCUCCCCGGCCCCCGGGGCUGAGGCUCAGGACCCCGGACCCCCCAGCGAGGUGGAGCUGAUCCUGAGCACCAUCGAGGGGCUCACGGGGAAACUGCACAGGCUGAGGGCCCUGGAAGUCGCCCACCGGCAGCUCCUGCGCUCGCUGGGGGGCACACAACCCCCGGGGUCCCGGCCCCCACCCUUCUGGGCUCCAGAGCCCCCUGGCUGA